AUGGCCAUCAUCCUGGAAGCCGGUCGGAUCCAGGUCGACCAAGUGUCGAGUACACUCUUCGCCCGGCUUCCCGACCCGGCACAAGUCGUGCGAAGGAUUAAUAGUCGCCUCUGGGGAACUCUCAGUUCCGAGCAACGUCGACGUAUGAGUGAUGUAUUGCGACGGUCACUCUAUACCUCCGACCCAAAGAUGUUUCCGGCCGCACCGGCACUGCUACCUCUCGCCGAGGUCUUUGAUCAGUGCUUCACCGGACUGGCUCAAGUAAGCUUUACCAAAAUUCGGACCGUCACUUGUUGUGACGGACAGAUCACGGUCAAAGCGGGCACAACCCCUCAGCGAGAGAACAGUCUGUACCUCACUCGAUUUCCCUUGAUCGAUGCGGUACGGGCGCUCUUUCAAGGGAGUCACAUUCCGGCCGGACAUGAUUGCUCUAGCGGACCAGGGUGCACGCGAUCUCGUAAGGUACGACCUACCGUCCUCGAUAGACUGCCACCGACACUGGUGAUUCAUAUUCCACCCACGGAUGAGCCGUCGGCGCGAGCGGUCGAACUGUUUCGCAACAUCACGUUUACGUAUCUCAAGCCAACCGGCGAGGUGAGUGUCGAGUACGCGGUCGUGGCAUGCGUCAUGAUGUCGGGUACCGCAGGCUCUAUCCACUUUACGGUGGUCUGGAAUGUUGAAAACGAGUCGUACUGGGAGUAUAACGGAAUGAGGGCCGAUGGAAGACUACGAGAGAUCGAUUCUUGGUUCCAUAUCAGGGGACGGCCAUCUGCACAGCAGGUGGUAAUGAUGGUAUAUCGAUGGGCCGAUAACCAGUAG